GUCCCACUCAGCAAUGGUUCAGGGAGUCCCAACAAGUCAGAGCCCCGUCUGGAGUUGGCCUUCGAGUACCUGAUGAGUAAGGAUCGUCUGCAGUGGAUCACCAUCUCCAGCCCCCAGGCCAUCAUGAUGAGCAUCUGCCUACAGUCCAUGGUGGACGAGCUCAUGGUGAAGAAAUCCGGAGGCAGCAUAAAGAAGAUGUCACGGAAGAGACAGUCCUGCUUGGUGCGGCGGUCCGACAGUCAGCAGGCAGUGAAAUCGCCACCAGUGCUGGAUUCUCCAGACGGGAACAGAGAGCCCAUCGCUAAGUUGUCAAGUAAGCUCAGCUCCGUCAGUCUCCGUGGAAUCAGUAACUCCAGCUCAACCAAUGACGUCAGCGCUGAGGACUUUCACGGGAACUACGCCUUUGAGGGCAUCGGCGAUGACGACUUAUGAAGCUUCGUGUCUCCGGUCCAGGAGUUGCCUUUAGUUUGGACAUUUUGGCUGAGGAGGCUUCAUCUCAGUCUACGGAGACGCGUUCUCCACCAGCAGAAUACGGGAGGAGCUCCGCCGGCGCUGGGGCCCCCGCUACCGACAAUACUCAUAUGUAGCGCUCAGCUUGCACUUAUAAUUCAGAGAUUUGCACAGUGGGGACCAGACCCCCAGUAUUUUUAAUGAAUUUAACCCUCUCCCCGCCAGCACCCUCAGCUGCUCAGUGAAUGAAUGUUGGAUUAGCAAUAUUCUGUAUAUAACAGCAGGACCAUAAGGGGUUAAUACGUAUAGCUAUUCGCGCGCACAUAUCGUAUGUAAUCGCACUUCCCAGUCAUGGUGCCAAAUUCUGACCAAAUGAACUGUUAUUAGGAGCCGGAAGCCGAUCGGCCAAAACGCUCAAGUGCCAACCCCGGGACGUGUCAUAACCUUUUCUAUGCCAGAAGCGGCGUCACGUGAACGGCGGCCAUGUGACCAGAUGUCGAUCAAUUGUACAGAAUGUGAGGGUCGUAUGUUCUGGGUCACAUGGCCUGGUGAAUGUUGGCUGACCAUGUACAUAACCAUGAUUGGUGAAGAGGAGGUCAUGUGAUCAGCCGCUUGUACUUCGCUGUUUACACGUCGAAUCAAUCGGUUAUCCUCCGACAAUAAAUGACCUGUUUACAUUAAAUGGCAUCCAAGCU